AUGGAAGUUAAAUCUUUAAUUGAUGGAAUUGAUUUUGCUGAAACUUUAACUCGUGCCAAAUUUGAAGAAUUAAAUAUGGAUUUGUUUGAAGGAACACUUAAUGCUGUGCAAAAAGUUUUGGAAGAUGCAGACAUAAAGAAGGAUGACAUUCAAUAUUUUUUGGUUGGUGGAUCAGCAAGAAUUCCAAAAAUUCAACAAUUAUUGAAAGAUUUCUUUAAUGGAAAAGAACCUUCUCGUGGCAUUAAUCCAGGUUUAAAAUUUUUUUCCUGGGUAGAUUCUGGUUAUUGUAUCUUUUUUACAGAUGAGGCUGUUGCUUAUGGUGCUGCUGUCCUAGCUGGAGUAAUUUCUGGAGAAGAAGACACCGAAAUUGUUUUGGACCCAUUGACUCUCGGUAUUGAAACUGUUGGUGGUGUAAUGACAAAGUUGAUCAAACGAAACACUCUUAUCCCAACCAUAAAGGCACAAGUUUUCUCUAAUGCUGCAGACAAUCAAAAGGGGUACUUUUCUGUUUUGCCACACCCCACCCAUAUAUUCGCAGGAUACAUUUUAAAUUUUUCCUUAAUUCGUACAGAAAGGUCAGUUUUAUUUCUUCCCCAAUUUCAUUUAAUUUUCCCUGUGGACUCAAUCUUCCGUGCUCACUCGAUAUUCCCAAAUGUUGAUUUCAAUUUUGAUGGCAUCGGAAAGAAAAAUUAA